CCGGGGGGUGUGCGCCCUUUUCCGCCCCGGGAGGCCCGGCGCGCGGCGGGGGCGCGCGGGGGCAGUCCUCUAGUACGGCCCUGCCCACCAUGGCCAAGCCAGCAAGCAAAGAUUCAGGCUUGAAAGAGAAAUUCAAGAUUCUGUUGGGACUGGGAACACCAAGGCCAAAUCCCCGGUCUGCAGAAGGCAAACAGACGGAGUUUAUCAUCACGGCGGAAAUCUUGAGAGAACUGAGUGUUGAAUGUGGCCUCAACAAUCGCAUCCGAGUGAUAGGGCAGAUCUGUGAAGUGGCAAAAACUAAGAAGUUUGAAGAGCAUGCAGUAGAAGCACUUUGGAGAGCUGUCUCAGACCUACUACAACCAGACCGGCCACCAGAGGCCCGACAUGCAGUUCUGGCCCUGCUGAAGGCCAUUGUGCAGGGGCAGGGGGACCGUUUGGGAGUCCUUAGAGCCCUCUUCUUCAAAGUCAUCAAGGAUUACCCGUCCAGUGAAGACCUUCAGGAAAGGCUGGAAGUUUUCAAGGCCCUCACUGACAACGGGCGGCGCAUCGCAUACCUGGAAGAAGACCUGGCGGAGUUUGUCCUGCAGUGGAUGGAUGUCGGCUUGUCCUCGGAAUUCCUUCUGGUGCUUGUGAACUUGGUCAAAUUCAACAGUUGUUACCUCGAUGAAUACAUCGCAUCAAUGGUUCACAUGAUCUGUCUGCUGUGUAUCCGGACUGUGUCCUCUGUAGACAUUGAGGUGUCCCUGCAAGUGCUGGAUGCUGUGGUGUGCUACAACUGCCUGCCAGCUGAGAGCCUCCCUCUGUUCAUUGUGACCCUGUGCCGUACCAUCAACGUCAAGGAGCUGUGUGAGCCCUGUUGGAAGCUGAUGCGUAACCUCCUGGGCACCCACCUGGGUCACAGUGCCAUCUACAACAUGUGCCGCAUCAUGGAGGACAGAGCCUACAUGGAAGAUGCCCCACUGCUGAGAGGAGCCGUGUUCUUUGUGGGCAUGGCUCUCUGGGGAGCCCACCGACUAUACUCUCUCAAGAACUCUCCCACAUCUGUGUUGCCAUCUUUUUAUGAGGCCAUGACCUGUCCCAAUGAGGUGGUAUCCUAUGAGAUUGUCUUGUCUAUAACAAGACUCAUCAAGAAAUAUAGAAAGGAGCUCCAGGCUGUGACAUGGGAUAUUCUGCUGACCAUCAUUGAACGACUGCUUCAGCAGCUCCAGAGCCUGGACAGCCCGGAGCUCAGGACCAUUGUCCAUGACCUGUUGACCACAGUGGAGGAACUGUGUGACCAGAAUGAGUUCCAUGGCUCACAGGAGAGAUACUAUGAGCUGGUGGAGAGCUAUGCAGACCAGAGGCCUGAAUCUUCCCUCCUAAACUUGAUAACUUACCGGGCGCAGUCCAUCCACCCAGCCAAGGAUGGCUGGAUCCACAACUUGCAGGUGCUGAUGGAGAGGUUCUUCAGGAAUGAGUCCCGCAGUGCUGUACGCAUCAAGGUGCUGGACGUGCUGUCCUUCGUGCUGCUCAUCAACAGGCAGUUCUAUGAGGAAGAGCUGAUCAACUUGGUGGUCAUCUCGCAGCUCUCCCACAUCCCCGAGGAUAAAGACCAUCAGGUCCGAAAGUUAGCCACCCAGCUGUUGGUAGAUCUGGCCGAAGGCUGUCACACCCAUCACUUCAACAGUCUACUGGACAUCAUCGAAAAAGUGAUGGCCCGUUCCCUCUCUCCACCCCCGGAGCUGGAAGAAAGGGAUGCAGCUGCUUACUCAGCUUCCCUGGAGGAUGUGAAGACUGCGGUGCUGGGACUCCUGGUCAUCCUUCAGACCAAGCUGUACACACUGCCUGCCAGCCAUGCCACUCGGGUGUAUGAGACACUUGUCAGUCACAUUCAGCUCCACUACAAGCAUGGCUACUCCCUGCCUAUUGCCAGCAGCAUACGGCUACAGGCCUUUGACUUCCUGCUGUUGCUGCGGGCUGACUCGUUGCACCGCCUGGGCCUGCCCAGCAAGGACGGGAUCGUGCGGUUCAGCCCCUACUGCCUCUGUGACUGCAUGGAACCAGAGCGAGGCUCUGAGAAGAAGACUACUGGCCCCCUUUCACCACCCACUGGGCCACCUAGCCCUGCCCCUGCGGGCCCUGCUGUGCGUCUUGGCCACCUGCCCUACUCCCUGCUCUUUCGGGUCCUUCUGCAGUGUCUGAAGCAGGAGACCGACUGGAAGGUAUUGAAGCUGGUGCUUAGUAAGCUGCCAGAGUCACUGCGCUACAAGGUCCUCAUUUUCACCUCCCCCUGCAGCCUUGACCAGCUGUCUUCUGCCCUGUGCUCGAUGCUUUCAGGCCCAAAGACUCUUGAACGACUUCGAGGUACCCCAGAGGGCUUCUCCAGAACCGACCUGCACUUGGCUGUGGUUCCUGUUCUGACGGCAUUAAUUUCUUACCACAACUAUCUGGACAAAACCAGACAGCGCGAGAUGGUUUACUGCCUGGAACAAGGCCUCAUCUACCGCUGUGCCAGCCAGUGUGUGGUGGCCCUGGCGAUCUGCAGUGUGGAGAUGCCUGACAUCAUCAUCAAGGCGCUGCCUGUUCUGGUGGUGAAGCUGACACACAUCUCUGCCACAGCCAGCAUGGCCAUUCCCCUCCUGGAGUUCCUGUCUACUCUGGCCAGACUGCCCCACCUCUACAGAAACUUUGCUGCAGAGCAGUAUGCAAGCGUGUUUGCCAUCUCACUGCCGUACACCAAUCCCUCCAAGUUCAAUCAGUACAUUGUGUGCCUGGCCCAUCAUGUCAUAGCCAUGUGGUUCAUCAAGUGCCGACUACCCUUCCGGAAGGAUUUUGUCCCAUAUAUUACCAAGGGCCUGCGUUCCAACGUCCUCCUGUCUUUUGAUGACACCCCUGAGAAGGACAGCUUCAGAGCACGGAGCACAAGUCUAAAUGAGAGGCCCAAAAGUUUGAGGAUAGCCAGAGCCCCCAGACAAGGCCUGAAUAACUCUCCGCCUGUGAAAGAGCUCAAGGAGAGCUGUGCAGCCGAGGCCUUCCGGUGCCGCAGCAUCAGUGUGUCUGAACAUGUGGUCCGCAGCAGGAUACAGACGUCCCUCACCAGCGCCAGCCUGGGGUCCGCAGAUGAGAACUCCAUGGCCCAGGCUGAUGACAACUUGAAGAGCCUUCACCUGGAGCUCACAGAAACAUGUCUGGACAUGAUGGCCCGAUAUGUGUUCUCCAACUUCACUGCAGUCCCCAAGAGGUCUCCUGUGGGAGAAUUCCUUCUGGCAGGAGGCAGGACCAAAACCUGGUUGGUUGGGAACAAGCUUGUCACUGUGACGACGAGUGUGGGGACUGGCACCCGGUCGUUGCUGGGCUUAGACUCCGGGGAGCUGCAGGGUGGCACAGAGUCAAGCUUUGAUCCCGGUGUACGUGUGAGACAGACAAAGGAGGCACCAGCCAAACUAGAGUCCCAGGUUGGGCAACAGGUGUCCCGUGGAGCACGGGACCGGGUCCGCUCCAUGUCAGGGGGCCAUGGACUUCGAGUUGGUGCCCUGGACAGCCCAGCCCCCCACACCCCAAGUGGUCCUGCUUCUCUGGGAUCACAGACUGUACCAGCUACAAAGCCUGAGAAAACCUCUGCUGGUGUCCAGCUUCCAUCGUCAGAGAAGACAAACCUGGCAGCCUACGUGCCCCUAUUGACCCAGGGCUGGGCUGAGAUACUGGUCCGCAGGCCCACAGGGAACACCAGCUGGCUGAUGAGCCUGGAGAACCCGCUCAGUCCCUUCUCCUCGGACAUCAACAACAUGCCGCUGCAGGAGCUGUCCAACGCCCUCAUGGCCGCCGAGCGCUUCAAGGAGCACCGUGACACCGCCCUGUACAAGUCACUUUCAGUGCCAGUAGCUGGCACAGCCAAGCCCCCACCUCUCCCGCGCUCUAACACGGUGGCCUCUUUCUCCUCCCUGUACCAGUCCAGCUGCCAAGGACAGCUGCACAGGAGCGUUUCCUGGGCAGACUCGGCUGUGGUUCUUGAGGAGGGAAGUCCAGGUGAGGCUCACGUGCCAGCAGGCCCACCCGAACUGGAGGACUUUGAGGCAGCGCUAGGUACGGACAGGCGCUACCAGCGUCCUGAUGCUUUCAGCAGGUCAUCCUCAGCACCCAGCCAGGAAGAAAAGCCAUCCCACAUGGAGGAGUUGGCAGCUGGAGGCGUCCCCAUUGAGCGGGCUGUCUCCGAGGGGGCUCGGCCUGCAGUGGACCUCUCCUUCCAGCCUUCACAACCCCUGAGCAAGUCUAGUUCCUCUCCUGAGCUGCAGACCCUGCAGGACAUCCUUGGGGACCUCGGGGACAAGGCUGACAUUGGUCGUUUGAGUCCUGAGUCCAAGGCCCGGUCCCAGUCAGGGAUCUUGGAUGGGGAAGGGGCUUCCUGGUCAGCCCCAGGAGAAGAGAGCCAGGACCCUGCUCAACCUGAAAGUCUGCUGCCAUCCAGCUCCCCCCGCUCGCCCAGCGGCCUCCGGCCCCGAGGCUACACCAUCUCUGAUUCAGCCCCAUCACGUCGGGGCAAGAGGGUAGAGAGGGACGCCUUCAAGAGCAGAGCCGCAGCUUCCAGUGCUGAGAAAGUGCCAGGCAUCAACCCCAGCUUUGUUUUCCUGCAGCUGUACCAUUCGCCCUUUUUUGGUGAUGAGUCCAACAAGCCCAUCCUGUUGCCCAAUGAGUCCUUUGAGCGGUCGGUGCAGCUCCUUGACCAGAUUCCUUCGUAUGACACACACAAGAUCGCUGUCCUGUAUGUGGGAGAAGGCCAGAGCAGCAGUGAGCUGGCCAUCCUGUCCAACGAGCAUGGCUCGUACAGAUACACCGAGUUCUUGACAGGCCUGGGCCGGCUCAUCGAACUCAAGGAUUGCCAACCUGACAAGGUGUACCUGGGUGGCCUGGAUGUGUGUGGCGAGGAUGGCCAGUUUACCUACUGCUGGCACGAUGACAUCAUGCAAGCUGUCUUCCACAUUGCCACUUUGAUGCCCACCAAGGAUGGAGACAAGCACCGCUGUGAUAAGAAGCGGCACCUGGGCAAUGACUUUGUUUCCAUCGUGUACAAUGAUUCUGGUGAGGAAUUCAAGCUGGGCACCAUCAAGGGCCAGUUCAACUUCGUCCAUGUGAUCGUCACGCCGCUGGACUACGAGUGCAACCUGCUCACGCUGCAGUGCAGAAAAGACAUGGAGGGCCUUGUGGACACCAGUGUGGCCAAGAUCGUGUCUGACCGCAACCUGCCCUUUGUGGCCCGCCAGAUGGCCCUUCACGCAAAUAUGGCUUCACAGGUGCACCACAGCCGCUCCAACCCCACUGACAUCUACCCCUCCAAGUGGAUCGCACGUCUCCGCCACAUCAAGCGUCUCCGCAACCGGAUCCGUGAAGAGGCACACUACUCUAACCCCAGCCUGCCUGUGAUGCACCCUCCAGCCCACACCAAAGCCCCGGCCCCUGCCGAGCCCGCCCCCAGCUACGAGGCAGGCCAACGGAAGCGCCUCAUCUCAUCAGUGGACGAUUUUACAGAGUUUGUGUGAGGCCCCCAGUUCUUCAGGUGUCAAGCAGAUGCCCAGAGCUGGAUGGCUGCCCCUCUGUCUCCUAGGACACGGAACUGUAUGUAUUCUAUGUAAAUAAACUGUGGCCACGUCCACCCAGCCUGUGACACCCCGAGAGAAGCACAGGUAGCAGUCAGA